AUGGUGGGGAAGACUGGAUCUGGGAAGAGCACCUCAGGAAACACCAUUCUGGGAAAAGAGUGCUUUAAAUCUCAGUUAUCCGCUAAAUCUUUGACUACAGACUGUGAGAAGGUUUAUGGUGAGGUGGACGGAAAAUGGGUUGCUGUUAUUGACACACCAGGCCUGUUUGACACCAAGAGCACUGAAGGGGAAACAUAUAAAGGUAUUUCCCAGAGCAUUUCUUAUGCUUCUCCUGGACCUCAUAUCUUCCUGGUCGUCAUCGAACUGGGCAGAUUCACAGAGGAAGAAAAGCAAUCAGUGGAGAAGAUUCAGGAAAUCUUUGGUGAGGAAGCCAACAAAUACAGUAUGGUUCUCUUUACCCAUGGUGACCAGCUCAAAGGGAAAUCUAUCGAGGAGUUCUUGAAGGACAGUGACGAUCUGAACAAUGUUUUGGCCAAAUAUAACGGCCAGUAUCACGUGUUCAAUAAUGAGAUGGAGGAUCAUUCUCAGGUCAGCGAGCUGCUCGAGAAGAUCGGAAAAAUGAAUGUGCAGGACAGACCACACUACUACAUAACAAGAGAAGGAGCAAGUUGCUAA